ACUCUCCACAUACAUAGCACACUUUAGUGAUAUGUCAAGCUAGGUAGCUCAAAACGCAUUACACUCGUCGUGUCUCAUUUUAAUCGUACACAAACACAAGCCAGUUCAAGUUCCACACCGUCUAUCCAGCCGAGGUCUAUCCACCAAUCAUACCAUUGGUGUUCGUCGAUAAAUCGUCCUUAUUGGUUGCAUUCGGUGCAUAAAUUAUGCUCAGAUAUUUGGCGCCGGUGACGCUAGGUGUCUGUGCUGUCAGUGUGGGUAUUUUAAGCGGCAAACCAGCACCGGUGAAAAACAGUGUGUCGUCUGCUGUGAGGAAGCUCUUCGUUGCAUCAGCGCAUUGUAGUGGUGGUGAUAGUAACAGUAACACAGUGCCCAAGACCAGCGGUGGUGGUACAAUGGAUUAUAAUCAAGAAGCAGAACGUAUGGCCCAACGGGUAUAUGAAAUGUACAACGACAAAGAAUGGAAAGUCGCCAAAACUUCGGAUAUUCCAAUCGAACAGACACAGAAAGACAUCAGAGUUCUCUACAAGAAAUCCAGUGAAUUCGACGGCUAUAUAUACAGAGCGGAAUGCACGCUAGCAGCAUCGCCAGACCGAAUCGUCGACUACAUACUUCCGUCCCCGAAGGGUCUGAGGGGGAAAUGGGACAAGAACGUCAAGGAAUCAGAGGUCAUUGAGCACAUAAAUAAGGAUCUGAUCGUAGCGAGAUCGGCCACACACAGUGCAGCCAUGGGUCUCAUAUCGUCCAGAGAUUUCCUGGAUCUGAUCUACGUGAAGCGGUACCCGACCAAUGGCAUGGUGUGCACCCACUCUAAGAGCAUCAAACGCAAGGACUGCUCGACUAGAGACGGCUUCAUACGGGGUACCAACUAUCAUGGCGGCACCUUCUGCGUACCGGUCGAUGGACAGAGCAACAUGACCCGAGUUGUGAAUAUGGUCCAAUCAGAUCUUGGAGGUAUGCUUCCCAAGACCCUUGUGGAUUCCGCACUGCCGAGCAAUCUCAUCGACUUCUUCAUUGACUUGGAAAUCGCCCUCAAGUCUAAUAUAGAAUAACUUCCGACAUAGCGGCGGCCAUUUUGGAUUUAUGGUGCGGGGACGCAAACAAGAUUUCUGUGCAUUAGAAUUGCCAUCCUCAAAAAAUGUCCUGCUGAUAUUUGUUUUUUAAGGAUUGCCUUUUUUCAAAAGAUAUAGAAAAAUAAAAAUUCCCCAUUGGAAAGCACUUUACGGCAGUGGCAAUUUUGAUGUACAGAAAGAAAUGCGUUCGGGAGGGGAGGAGGAGGACAGUCUUUCGCUGGUACCCUGUUAAACUAUUGUUGCGCGAAUUUGAUACGCGAGGCUGGCGACCAGCCAACUUUUAAAUGUAUUUAUAAUAAGUACCCCAUACUUCGUUAUUGGUUCUCACGUUGCCCGACGUUAUUGGUCUUGUAAAAGUGAAAAAUCUUAAUAAUAAAGUUGUAUACGACACCAAUGGGAAGCCUUAAAAUUGAUGUUCUUGUGUGAAACGAUGAAAAUAAGAGAUACCAAUUUGUAUCAGUAAUGUAACGCUCGAAUUAAAAAAAACGAUAGUAUUUUUUAGAAAUAAGCUCGACUGGAAUUUAAUUAUUUAUAAUGUUAUCUUAUGAAUUUUGUGGUCGUACCAACAAGAAAGUUUGGGCAAAAGUGUUCCCUUUUUAUUAGUGUCAUUAAAGUGUAUGUUUCACUAACCAUAACAGUAAUCCAUCCAAAAUUAUUUAAAACUUCUGUUUGGGACAGUAGUGAUUAUAAUGGUGUGUAUUUGAUGAUUCUGGAAAACAUGGAUUCCCUCACUGACAGGUUUGUCUGUGAAACCACGCAGGGGACAGCCAACCCUAAACUGACAGUUAUUUUAAACAGAUAUAAAAAGGAGAUAUCAAAUCAUGUAGACUUCUUAUGACGAAUCGUCAUCAAAAUACAACCUUACUCGUCGUCGAACUUCCCAUUUCUAGGAAGCAAUGAUGGCAAAGUUGAUCCGAGGUUUUGGUUUCAUAUCUAAAGUCUAUCCAAACUAAUGCGAGAGGGAAACCUGAUAUCUCUUUCCUGCAUGUAUGUUAUCGCCGAUGUUAAUCAGAGGCCGUUAGUGGUAUGUUCCGGGGGGCUAGUCUUGUUAGCGUUCCUAGCACUUAGGGAGAUUGGCGUAGAAAUGCCUCACGUAUCAUCGAGCAGCCGCAGACUGUCAGACAAUAACGUCUGGUUCCUGCGAGAGAUGAAUCGUCUGUUGCCAGACAAGAAAUGAAAGAUUUGUGAUUAAUAUGUGACUAAGGCUUUUUCUUUUCUAUUCACGAAGACACGUGGAUCUCCUCCUGAAGGUCCCAAAAGAUGUUUUGAGAGAUUCCGCAGCCAAUUAAAGGGUCACAUUAUGAUCGUAAAUAUGUUAGGGGCGAACGCUUGAUUGUGGCCCGUGGGACAAAACCGCAAAUCCAGUUUGACAUUUUACGAACUUACAAAAAAAGCAGUUGAUGUGAUGAUGGAAGUUACCAACUGAAAGUUUUUCAUUUCGAAAUAUGUGAAAUAUUUUCCGGGAGGAGGUGCUCCUAGCGAGCACUGCCGCCACCCUUGUUUAGACGGCGAGACUUGCGUGCUUGGAGCACCACGUGGUACGCCAGUCGACGCGGCAGGAAGUUAAAUUGAUCGGCGGCCGCGGCGCUGCGAACGGGACAACCGUGCUGAUGCAAUGAGCUACAGUACAGCCGAUAGGAUAUGACGCAAGCCGCGAGACCCCACGCGCCAGCCACCAUGCAACACCUUUUAUAAAACAUUUGUUUUUCUACUUGUCAGCAGUUCUGGCUCAUCUUCACCCGGUAUUUUCACUCGUACUUGGCCAUCCGGAAUGAUAUCAGUGUCGCCCCUGGAGCGAUACUUGACGGGGUUCUGUGGCGACGGCAGGACACGAGCCCAGGGUGACUCGGUGCAGGGGUGUCGAGAAACCCAUCAGACGGCUCUCGAAUAUCGCUGUGAUUGGAAGUCUUAAAAUGUGGCUCGGUGGUGCUCUUCUUUUAUGUCUUUUGGAAAGAUUAAAUGAGAAUAAUACAUCGUCAAAGUUUGGGGUGAAAGAACGGAGUGGGAACUAUUAAAGUGGAACUCUGUUCCAUAAAAAUAUUUGUGUGUGCAAAGCACCUUGUGAAAUAGACCAACCAAAAUGCAUUCAGUUUUAGCGAUCUGUUUCGGGCAGAGCCCUCUAUCGGUCUCAGAUGACCAAUCAAAAACGUGGCGAUUUAGUGUAUUUAAAUAGUCAUUACCCUUAAGAGAAAGACCCUACUAUGGUCGAAACGUUGGGCCAUCAACUAUUGUUUGCAUUGACACCAUGGGUCCGUUGGUGUUGACAAGCAGUUUGGCACAGGUAUUAUUCUAUUUUUAAGGUAUUUACUUAUUGAAAGUCGUCUUCUUCAAUGAUGUAUUUACCAUAACUUCUAUUCAGAAAGAACCCUUCCACCAGUACAAAAACAAAUGUAGAAAACCACUCAAAGAAUGCACGGUUCAAACAUAGGAUAGGACCACGGAUUCAAACCAUAGACUUUCCCCUAGUCUGUUCGGGGUUUGAUAUUCUUACAGAGGGUGAUGACCACGAAGAUAUGGACACUGAUGAGACAUACUCCACCCACGUGGUCUUCUCUCAACUCGCUCUGACCGACUGUGGGUGUUUGUCUUUUUGUUUGACAUUGAGUCUUAUCGAUCACCUUCUCCUUUUUUUUCAUUUGCCGCCAGACGACGAAACCGUCAAGCAAUUUUUCACUCCGUCGGUGUAAUUGCUUUUUGUGUUUGUGGUUCAAACGUAUCUUUGCUUUGAUUGUGAUGAUGUAACAUGUUCUGAGUCAGAGAGUGUAUUGGGGGACAAAACGUGUGGAACACAUUUGGUGCACCGGUAAUUUAAUUAAAACCUUAAUUUCUUGUGUGAUAUUAUCUCAAACACAUGUUGGUGUCGAACCGGUAAUUAAAACAAAACUUUCAUUUCUUGUGAUGUUUUCAACACGUUAUGGUGAACCGGUAAUUAAAACAAAACCUUCAUUUAUUGUGAUGUUUCAAAAAACACUUUUUGAUGAAAGGGUAAUUGAACUAAAACGUUAAUUUUUUUGUGAGAGUUUCACUGCUUUCAUAAUCUCUGACAAUUUGUAAGUUUAAGGAAUUAGAUUUUUAAGUUGCCAUACGUCUCAGUGAGUUAGCGCCGUCUCAGCGCCCUCACAGUUGUGUAUAGUAUCUCCCCCAUCCAGUGACAGCUUCAUUUAGGGUCUUUCCCAAGUCGCUAGCAUGAAUUCUUCAGAUUCGGAAAUUCUCUUUCUGAUCAUCCCAUCUUUGGUCAUGUUCAUUACAAUUUAACAAUAUUGUGUAUUAGCUUUCAGAUUUAUUUAAAAAAAAACCUCUUCCCGUUAUUGUGAACGAUUUUUUUCAAAAUCACCGGCACCCAACCCCCUCAAGGGAAUGCACGGUCAGAGCUUCACGACGAAAUGCAGGACAUAUUUUUUAGCGGAAGCAGGCGCGACAGUUGCGGUGGUGGUGUGCGAACUCACGGGGGUGAACCUGCGUCUGAGAGCCGGUCGGGGUUAACGAACCCGGCUUGGAUCUAUACUGAUUGAUUGCUGAUUCUCUCGCCUUCGCUCAUUCUCCUCAUCGUCAUCAUCUUUUUCUCCUGGCGCUGGCCCGAGUGAUGAGUAAGGUAUCGCUUCGAAAUCUGUGCUAAUUGUUUUAGUCCGGCCGCGCGAGGAGUGAACACAAAAACCGCAUCAACCAUCACUGACGGCCAGUUUGCAUCACACUACCUACCCGUCUGCCCUUCGAGAUUGACUUUGUUUAAUUAACAUUCCAGCCCCACCAAGAUAUGCUUCCGUUUUCUCCUCCAGUUUAGUGGCACCGACCCCGUUUACUAUUUUUCCUUCCUUUUUAUUAGCGAGCGACGACAGUGGCUGUCGGGUAAUUCGCAUUGUAUAUAAAUCAUUAUUAUAAAAAUAUUGCUUCAUGUCCGUAUACACAUGAAAGGGUCUUGGAGACUCGCUUUAAAACUUUGUAAUGUGCUCUCGUUUGGAAUAGAAAGGAAAAAAUGCGCGCCAAACUGGACCAAACUAUUUUAUAAACAUGUGCGCGAAACUGACACUAUAUACAUUUAUAAUAAUGUGUGGGUGUUUAGUUCCCCGGAUUUGUAGCUCAUUGACUGGCAGUUCCAAAGGAACAAUUAUUAUAAACUCGUAGUGGUAUUAGACUUGGUAAUAGAGAACUUAGCUAAACAGGUUGAUGUAAUCAUCUACGUAGAUAUCUGUGAUAGUGACCUUUGGGGUCGAUAUGUCUUUAUAACAUGGCGGCCAUCUUUGUUCAAUUCAAUCCAAAUCAAGAAACUUCGACCACAGCUAUUGCCUUUUCGGCAUACUGGGCCCUCGUUUAAUAGAGCAGUUUAAGCUGCAAACAUUCCCUACGAUGUUCUGCUUUAGCAGGAUACCGGUCACAGAUUGUACAUGGUCUUUUAGCGGGUAACCUUACAUUGGUUUGCAAAUUGCUUUUGUGUUUAGCUACCUUUUGUGCAGUCAAGCAGCUCCGAUUUCAUAGAGCUGUUAAAACAUAAUAUAUUGCUUGAUAAUUGUCUGCUAAGUACAUGAGCAGGACACCAGUCACAAUGUGUACAUGUGACAUGGUAGUUUGGCUGGUAACUAUGGUAAGCGUAUAUUUCGUGUGCUUAGCUGCAGGUUGCUUGAAGCAGUUCUGUUGAACUGGGGCCCAGUUAGCCACCUACCUAAGCCAUCGAUUCGGACACUCUCGGUGUAACCAAUGGUAGUGUUGAAACAGUCUGGUACCUCAGUUUGCAUUAUGGAGAAAUUGGGUAUUGUGUACAGGGAACUUGACAAAGGUGGCCGCAGCAUAAAGAUCUGUAGUGUUUAGUGUAAAACGAUGUGAUAAAUUCAUGCAAAUUAUAACCGGCAUUAUGCAAAUGUAUAGCAAUUAACAUAUCUUUGAUCUUAUUUUCACUCUAUUACAAAUGCACUUAUUAUAAAUUGUUUGACCGAUUUCCCAGUACCAGUUCAGCUUAACUCGUGUUUUAAUAUUUUAUUUGUAUAAACAAAAAUUGCCUUUUUUUAAAGAACUUAAAGUUGUCAAUUAUUUCCCCAACAUCAUCGAGAAUGAGUCAAAUAUAACAUGUGUAAGCCUCAUGCUUUUCACUCCAACGUUGGGACCUGUGAAAGUGCAAGAUUGAAUUUCUUUCACCUUUAAACAACAAACGUGGUAACCCUCAGUUUUAAAAACAUGGACGAAACCGCGCGAACCUUCAAGUCUUAUAGCGAGCAUGUUUGUACAUAAACAUGAAUGUACUCUAUACACGUACGCUUACGAAGGGCGUACAUAGCGAUUUCCCUCUUGGUAUUGCUGACUAUAAGUAAUGGCGUCCCAUGACGCCUUUGCUGAAGACGCCUUUGCUGAAGACGCCUUUGCUGAAGACGCCUUUGCUGAACAAUAUCAUCGGUAUAUAUUUUGUUGGUGGAAUAGUUUCAUGGUGAUUUCAAGAUUAUAAUAUACUUUUUGUUUUACCCUAACUUGCACAUUUAUCUUGGAUGAUACCCUAUCGAAAUUUGGAUGAUAGCUUGACGGAUUCUAAACGUUAAAUGGUAUUUAAGUUAUAGUGAAAUACUCUAGUAUUUAUUAUUUUUAUAUUUUAUUUCUUGUCUAUUUAAUGAUAGUAUACCUGAGAGGUAAUCUUAAACUCGUAAUAUUAAAAUAAUGACAUAAUUGUACGUACGUAGAGAUCAUAGCUAGAUCACUUCAUGUACUGAUACUUGCAAUGGCAGUGUUGAAUAAAUGUGGCUUCAUAAAAAUAAAUUAUGCAAAUGCACCCUG